CGUACCUUCAUUAAUGUUUGCCAGACCAUACAUACCAGAUCUGUUACCUGACGAUGCACGUGUUGUCGUGAACCGCGUCAAAUUCCGAGACGCGCUCUCCACAACGCCGCCACCUUUCAGCCUUAAGGGUCCAAGCUAGCCGCGCCUUUGUCAAAGCCCACUUCUACUUUAGUCUUUGAUGGACGUACGACUCAUGGAGGACUAAGCACUACUUUACACAGCGACAGUUGCUAUAAUAGUGCUCAAGGGUCUAUCCACACCUGGCCAACAGUGGUGAGAGGCAUGGCACCUAUAAAGCGCGUCAGGGCGCAUAUUGACGAUGGGGACCUCAUAUCCGUGGAAACCUCCAGCUUGCGCUCCGAACCACAGCGAAAACGUGUGCGUUCCUCCAGCGUAACUCCAAGCACUUCGCGUCCCCAACAGGAGCGCUCAAGUUCUCCCUCCGACGUCGAAGAACAGGGCACGGGGGGUCUGGCUGCAAGCACUCAAUACGAACUCGACAGAGAUGCCGACUUUGCACACCUUCAGGAUGAGGAUACUUACGAUGAGCGCGCAACACGACGCAUCCUGGCUCGGAGCAAAACGAUUGGCGCGAACCGGGCGGCGGACAAUGGAAUAAUUGAAGAGGUUAUAAUGACAAACUUCAUGUGUCACGAGAAACUGCAUGUCACCUUAGGCCCUCUGAUCAAUUUCGUCAUCGGAGAAAACGGAAGCGGCAAGAGCGCCAUUCUCACUGCAAUAACGAUCUGCCUAGGUGGAAAGGCGAGCGCAACAAAUCGCGGAGCUAGCCUCAAGAGUUUUAUCAAGGGAGACCGAGAGCAAGCGAACCUGGAGAUUAAGUUAAAGAACCAAGGGAGCGACGCCUAUAAGCCUGAAUUGUUUGGAGAGUCGAUUAUAGUCGAGCGGCACUUUUCAAAAUCGGGCACGAGCGGGUUCAAGCUCAAGAGUGCCCAGGGCCGCCUCAUCUCGACCAAGAAAUCCGACAUUGAAGAUGUGACCGAAUACUUCCAGUUGCAAAUAGAAAACCCAAUGAGCAUAUUGACCCAGGAUAGCGCAAAGCAGUUUCUCAACGCCGCUGCGCCAAGUCAGAAGUAUAAGAUGUUUCUUCAAGGAGUGCAGUUGGAGCAGCUUGACAAUGACUAUCGUCUUGUUGCGGAAACGAUGAAUGUGAUGGAGGCCAAGAUAAAAGGGCAAAAACUAGCCUUGAAAUCUUCCGAGAAGAGAGUUGAACGAGCAAAAGAGCGUGCAAAUACCGCAGAGAAGAAUAAAGAUCUGCGAAAUUCCGAACAGAAAUACCUCAACCAACUGGCCUGGGGCCAAGUUGAAAAUGAAGAGCAGCAAUUACGAGAAUUGCAAGAGAUCGUUGAUGAGGCUCAGCGCAAUAUUGAAAAAGCCGAGAACAGUAUUGAGAGCAUGGACCAGGAAUAUCAGAGGCACGAUGAGGCUGUUGAUAGGUCUGACGAUGUCACACGCAAGUUGAUGGAGGAUAUGUUUCCUUUGAAAGAGCAGGAGCGAGAGAUGAAGGCCAAUUGCGAUGCCGCCAACCAGGAAGUGGCAAACAUGCACCAGGAGUAUCGCCAAAUUCGCGACUUUCUUACUGCUUCAAAACAGAAGGUUGCAAAGAUAGAGAAGGAUAUAGCGGCGGAGAGACAACGGAUAGAAAAUGCAAAUGGUGGAGCUCAUGCUGAAAAGAUGGCGGAUCUUACAGCUGCACAACAGGUAGCAUCACAAGCAAGGCAGAAUAUGGUCGAACGUGGAGAUGAUUCGGAACUACAAGAUUCACACCAGAAAGCUCUCAGGGAGUUCGAGGAUUCGAAGGCGCCAUUAAGACAGAAGCAGAGUGAGAUCGAGCGUUGUCAAGAGCGACUAUCAUCCAUAUCACGCGACGCGGGGCAACAAAUGGCAGGAUUUGACCAGAAAAUCCCAAGGCUCUUAACCAUGAUCAAGAAUGACCAAGGCUUCAACGAGACCCCAGUUGGACCUAUCGGCCUCCAUAUCAAGUUACGUAAGCCUGUCUGGUCCAAUGCACUAGAGAGGUCGAUUGGAAAUGUAUUGAAUGGCUUUGUGGUCACAAGCAAGGCCGAUCAGCAGCGCCUCUCUAACAUGAUGCGCCAACUCAAUCUUCAAAGAUGCCCUAUCAUGAUAGGCAAUAACCAGCCUAUUGACGUUCGUGGUCAUGAACCUGACAGUCAAUUUGAUACCGUUUUGCGUGUCUUGGAGAUCGACAACGAGCUGAUUCGUAGGCAGCUGAUUAUCAACCAAGGCAUAGAACAGACGAUCCUGAUUGAAGAGAGGCAGGCUGCAAUGAGCGCAAUGUAUGACGGCGCCAAACCGCGAAAUGUCAAACAGUGCUUUUGUCUGAGCGAUAGUCGAAGAGGCUGGGGUCUAAGGCUCGGAUAUACAGGAGCUUCAUCGGAUAGAAGCGUUAGCCCUAUUAUGCCUUCAGAGGGAAAACCUAGGAUGAAAACCGAUAUCGAAAGCCAACUGUCCCAGCAGAGGGCAAUGCUACAGCAUCUUCAGAGCGAAUUAACUGAGCUUAAAUCAAAAACCGAUGCCCUUCAACGAGUCAUGAGGGGUCACGAACAAGCCAUACAGAAGCACAAACAAGCCAAGCGAAACGCCGAGAGGGAGCUCCAAAAAGCCGAGGAAGCUAUAGAGCGCAAGCAGGCGGCCCUCGAUGAAGAUAAUGUGGAAGACGGGCGUUUGGAAGCUUUAAGGGACGACUUAACUGAAGCACAGGCUGAAGUAGAGCUCCACAAGGGAAGUUACGUCCAAGCACGUCUGGCUAGAGAGGGACAGGACGGCGUUGCUCGGACUCGUAAAGUCGCUCUGGACGCCAUCAAAUCACAGAUCGCGAAUCACGAUGUGAUUAUCAAGAAGGCAGAGGAUAAAGGGAGGAGGCUUCGCCAGGCACGACAGAUUGCGUUGCAGACUAAGAAUUCUGCCGCGCAGAAUCUGGAAGAUCUCAAGGCCGAAAAAGUACGACGUGAGAGGCAGAGGGAUACCGAGGCGGAGACUGUUGAAGAGUUCAUUUCGCAGGCUAGAAUGGUUUGCGCUGAGCGUGUUAGCCUGGACCGAGGGCAGACGUUGGCGAGUACUGAAAAGAAAUAUGAGGAUGUCAGAGCUUCAAUCAGACGCCAUGAGAGGUUGGUUGGUGGAUCCGAUCAAGAGAUAUACGACGAGUUUGCACGGGCGAAAGAAUCACAUGAAACAGCGGUCCGUCAGUCAGAGAGCCUCAUGGAGCUCCUAGCGACUAUAAAGCAUAGCUACCACAAACGUCUCGAAAGGUGGCGCGAAUUCCAAAGUAACGUCUCUGCAAGCGCGCGCAUGCAAUUCACCUACCUUCUCAGCGAGCGCGGCUUCCGCGGAAAACUAACUCUCGACCACAAAGCAAAGACCCUUUCCAUCCGCGUCGAACCAGACGAGACCAAAAGGAGCGCCGAAGGCCGCGCCACAACAACCCUCAGCGGCGGCGAGAAAUCCUUCUCCAACAUCUGUCUCCUCAUGAGCGUGUGGGACGCCAUGGGCUCGCCUCUACGGUGUUUAGAUGAAUUUGACGUCUUCAUGGACCAGGUGAAUCGCGACGUCAGUACGAAUCUGAUUAUCGGGGCUGCGAGACGGGCUAUUGGGAGGCAGUUUAUUCUGAUUACGCCGACGGGGAUUGGGGGUGGGGCGGAGAGGGAUGCGGAUGUGAAGCUUAUUAGGCUUACUGAUCCCCGGCAACGACGAAUUGACGACCUUGUGACGAAUACCUGAUCAUCGCAUGAUGGCUUCAACGCAGUUGAAAUCCUUUGCCACGACGAUGGACGAUCUUGGCCUUCUAUUCACAUGCAGCAUAUGGCUGAUAUGCCUUCAUUUCUCGUCUUGUACAGUACUUUAGAUUCAGCAUACGAAAU